CACUGAAAGUGAUGUUAUUAAUAUCAAACGUUCGCUAGCCAGCCACAACGGCUAACGUCAGCUAACGGUAGUAUCAGCUUUGGCAUGGCUAGCAUGUUAUGCUAAUCAUUCCACAGCACCAGUGCUGCCAAUAUAGUUAACGUUAAGUUGUUAGCCUUCCUCUGUGAUGCCAGUGGACUGUUGUUAGUAUAAAUUCAGUGACCGCAGUACUGCAAGCGAUGGAAAUCAUAAUGGGUUAGAGGACUACGAGCUGUGUAAUUUGCCGUUACAUUGGGCAUUGUCCGUCUGCCACAGAAACAUUUGCUAACGUUAGCUUUUGGGCAAAGGGCGUGAAAGCUGGCAUCACCAAUGGCUCGCCUGCAGCGUUGAAACGAGCGACAGAUUUGCGCUCUCACUGCAGGCCCCGUAGUCAGCAAAACAAAAACACAUGGAUGAAAAAGAGACACCACGAACUGUGGUCAAAUUUAGGACCGGGACAAUUUAGAAAACUUCACCGCCAAAGAGAAGAGUUUGGUUUACUUUGGGAGUAUCAGAUGCACGCAACUUAUGUUUAGCAGCAGGAUGUCUGAGUUCAGUGAGGAGCCGCGCUUCACUAUUGAGCAGAUAGAUCUACUGCAACGGCUGCGUCGCACUGGCAUGACCAAGCAGGAGAUCCUGCACGCACUCGACACUCUGGACCGGCUGGACCGGGAGCACGGUGACAAGUUUGGCCGCCGUACCUCUUCCUCUUCCUCCUCCUCGUCCUCCUACGGAGUAGGCGGGGCCAUCAACAACUCUGCCUCUAAUACCACUACAUCAUUCAAUAAUAACAACACUGCCUCGGCAACCACAACCUCUUCUGUGUCAUGCAACGGCAACAACAGCGCCGAGGGCGGCACCGGCGAUCACUCUGCAGCCGCCGCGUCUUCCACAACCUCAAAAAUCUCCACCGCCACACAGACGCAGUUUGGGAGUGGAGGGGGACUCUCACCGUCUCCUAGCAACAGCUACGACACCUCCCCGCCUCCGGGGCCGCCGCCACCUUCCGCCAUCUUGCCCUCGCCGGUGUCACUGGUGGCUCUGUCACAGAAUGGCCGGGAUAGCCUAGCUGCCACACCCAACGGGAAGCUGUCUCCUCCGAGGUACCCAGUAAACAGUGCGGCUGCAGCACGAGCGUUUGGGUUUGAAGCUACAGAGGAGGACCUGGACAUUGAUGAUAAGGUGGAGGAGCUGAUGAGGAGGGACAGCAGUAUGGUGAAGGAGGAGAUAAAAGCGUUCCUGGGGAACAGGAGGAUCUCUCAGGCAGUGGUGGCACAAGUUACCGGCAUCAGCCAGAGCAGGAUCUCCCAUUGGCUGCUGCAGCACGGCUCUGACCUGAGUGAGCAGAAGAAGAGGGCCUUUUACCGCUGGUACACGCUGGAGAAAACCACACCAGGUGCCACUCUAAACAUGCGGCCAGCUCCGUUACCGAUGGAAGAGAUGGAGUGGAGGCAAACCCCGCCGCCCAUCACCACUGCCCCUGGAACUUUCCGGCUGCGUCGAGGAAGUCGCUUCACUUGGAGAAAAGAGUGCCUGGCUGUGAUGGAGAGCUACUUCAACGACAACCAGUACCCAGAUGAGGCCAAACGGGAGGAGAUAGCAAACGCCUGCAAUGCUGUUAUUCAGAAACCAGGGAAGAAGCUAUCUGAUCUGGAGAGGGUUACCUCUCUGAAAGUUUACAACUGGUUCGCCAACCGUCGCAAGGAGAUCAAGAGACGGGCUAACAUUGAAGCCACAAUCCUGGAGAGUCAUGGGAUAGACGUCCAGAGUCCAGGGGGACACUCCAACAGCGAUGACAUCGAUGGAAACGAUUUCUCAGAGCAGGCAUGUGACUUGCCCUAUUUUGACAAGAGACCUCUCAGCCGACCUUUUGGCCUUUACCGACUGGAGCCCACCUCUCCAACACAGGAUGACAGUGCAGCGCACAGCGAGCACCAGGACCCCAUCUCUCUGGCCGUGGAGAUGGCUGCUGUCAACCACACCAUCCUGGCCCUUUCCAGAACCGGAGGGGUCCCCAAUGACAUCAAGACGGAGUCCCUGGAGGACGAAUGAACUGCACAGGAACUUGGAUGGAGGAAGCAGAUGAGAGAAAUGGCCGAGUCGAGAAGGGAAAGAGAAAGAGAAAUAGAUCAGGUGGGAGUCUGUGGUUGGGGGGUGGGCGACCAAAAGAGACAAAAAUAAUGCUACUUAGUAAAUCUUCUGAAUCUGUCCCUCAGUAACCCCCCUGCCAACUGUUCCUUGUCUCUCAGCUUCCCUCCUCCCACAAAGUCCAUGUAAACACUAAUUAUCCCCCAACCUAUCCAAUAUAUUGAAACAGCUGGCGGAAAUGGGUCACUAUAUGUCCUCUGAUCUCUGUGAAAAUGUUCCACGGAAAGAAGAAAAAGGGGGCCGUUAACCCCCAGAACGGUGGUCCUCAUCUGGGAUUGUGUGUCCCGGGAACUCCCCUCUUUACCCCGAAUACACAUUCUCUUCACAGGAUACCUCUUCUCUCUCCUCUCCUCUUCCUUAUUCCCCCUCUCCUCCCCUCUCCAGCCUGGUUGUCUGAGCCGAUCCUCAGUCUAUCUCACCUCAGCGUCAACCUCAAAAAAAUAGCGUGUACUGUAUAUAUAAUAAAUAUAUGGUUCUUAUGGUUCUCAGUCACACUCACCUCAUGGUGCGCUACCUACCUACCUGCAUACCCCUCAAAAAUUCAAACUGUUCAUCGUGCAAUUCAUCAGAAGAGCAGCCUCCGGCCAUUGUUUGGGGAAAGAUGGAUGGUGAAAAUUUCUUUCUCUCCCUCUCUGGCACAGAAGCAUUAAAAAAAGGAUGAUAUUGACAGAAGGAACUGCCCAGUCACUGUCUUCUACCCUCUAGUGUUGUCAUUCCUCAGCUGAGUGACUUUUUGUUUUCCUACAGUAGAGCUGCUGUUGGAUGAAGUCCUCAAAAAAAAAGUCAGCUAAAAAAUAGCCUUAAUUUCGUACAGUUAGAGUUUUGCUUUUUUGUAGUAUAAAGCAGGUUUUGACGUUUUUUUGUUUGUUUGUUUUAACAAGAAACCUUUAAUACAAAUCAAAAUCCAACAGCAGCAGUUUGUUCUCCUGCGUGUCACUUCUGUUUUUAGCCCCAAAUGGUAACUGGAUAUACAAUCAUUUUUGCCUUGGUAUUAAGCUUCCCAGUGCCACUAUCGUUAAAUACUCGAGGAUAUGAGAAUCAGUUUAGAGUCAAUGUGAUAAUCAAAGUUAAGCUAUUUAAUAGGAGGAAUUGUGCUUUGUUUUAAAUGUCAUCCAUGCCAAAGGAAAAGUUGCUCAGAGCAAAAUGCUAAGAGGCUAAGACUGAUCUGAAAAUGGUGUUCACGUUGAUCCAAAGUGAUUUCUGCUAACUCCUUUGGCGUACUUAGGUCGUGUCUCACGCCAAGCGAAGAUUCUUGAGCCAGUGUGGUGUCAUAUGUGGGCUUGACACUACAGCAGGCUGGUGUUAGUAAAGAUGGGUAUUAGCAGCCAGAUAUAUAAUGAUAAAAAUACCCCUAAGCUGCUUUUUACUACUUGUUCUACUACUUGUUCUGUGACGCUGCCUCUUUAUUAUAGCCUAAAGAAUGUGCUUUCAGAAGAUUUUUUAAUAUCACUGAUAUCAAAUUAGACUAAAUCCACACUAGAAAAGGUUUAGAAUAUCACAACAUCUGAGGCGAUUUUGUUUUGAUUUUAUCUAUAUAGCCUCAAAAGUAAAAGCACCACUCUGAAGGGAGUCAAAGACAUUUAAAGUGGUGAUAUGGGAUACAAUUUUCCACUUUUUUUUUUGCCCCUGGUGGAACUUUUCCAAAACCAUCUUUGACUGUAGAUCAUUUGUUAAACGCAGAGGAAAAGGUGCUGUGUUCCUUAAAGGUAUAGGUCCUGUUUCUGGGGGCUCACUAAGUGUCAAGUGAUAAAGCUUUUUCAGUCUUAGGCUGAUAUCUUCAAAUUUGGCCUUAAGGUAAGGAAGUUAAAAUAAUAGUUUGGAGUUCUUGAGAAAUAGUCUUAUUCACAUUUGUGCCAAGAGUUAGAUUAGAAGAUCGAUUACACCCUCAUGUCUGUGCAUUAAUAUGAAGCUGGAGCCAAGAGACAGUUAGCUUAGCACAAAGACAAGUGGAGGGAAACAGCUAAUAUGGCUUUGUCCAAGGUAGAAAAAAAAAUCUACCUACUUGCUCUUCUAAAUUGUUCUCCUCAACCCAUUAUAUUAUAGGCUCUUAUUAAAGCGAUACGAACAUUUAAGUUUAAAAAUGCCAAUUUGAUGGAUGGUUGUGUGCUGAAAGCAUGUUUUUUGGUGCAGUGACUUCCUGUGUAUUUUUUUGCUUUUAGGGGAGAUAUAAUGUGUUAAUUAGUCAUCUUUUGAGGUGCUAGAAAGAUGUUUUGACCUUUGGCCAGAGACAGGAUAGCUCCUGCUUCCAGUAUCUGUGCUAAACUAAGCUAACUAUCUCCUAACUUACUUCUAGCCUCACUUCUAGCUCAUAGAAUGUCAAAAAAACAUCUCUAAGAUCACACUUUUACAGUUUUGUAUGGCAAGCGACAAAGGGGUAAUUACUACCUGUUGAAGUGUUGAUUGGCAGAUUUGUGGGGGUUUUUUUUAUUUGUUUGUUUUUUUGGGGGGUUUUUUCGGACAGAGCCAGGCUAGCUAUUUUCCCAUUUCCAGUCAUGAUGCUAAGCUAAUCUCCUUUCUGUAGCAUAUUUGUCAUACAGACGUGAGAGUGGUAUCAGUCUUCUCAUCUAGAGCCACAUUUCCACCCAGACCUUUAGCCCAUGAUUGCCUGUGUUUCGGCCAUGGUCCAAAGAUUAAAUUUCAUAGAUCAGACAGCUGACAAAUGAAAAGGUGACACCUCAUUUUACAUCAUUUUCACACGUGACUAUACAGCGAUGUUGGUCCAUCUGUGGUAUGCUUUCUUCUGUAACUCUAACGCUUGAUUUGGCCAAAUUAUAAUGAACAAAAAACGCACUAGUUUGCAGCUGCAGAUUUUUAAAAAUGGUUGCUGAAGUAAAAUGCUGUGAGUACUCAACCAGUCCAAAAUUUUGAGCACUGCAAACCCUUAAGGACUCAUUCAUUUUCCCAAGCUUGGGACUUUUUCAAGGGUAAAAUGUCACUAGAACUAGACCCUGGUCCCUGCGGGUGUUGAACUACCCAAAAGAUUCCUCGUCUCUGGGGAAAAUUCAUGUGGUGGAAAUGUGGCUUAACUCUCAGCAAGAAAGCUAAAAUGCAUAUUUUCCAAAAUGUCAAACUUUUGCUUUGAAGGAACCUCAGCCUUAGCGAUGGUUUUGGAGAACUGGGAAGAUAUUCUACUAAACAGUUACGCAGGAACUCUGAGACAGAAAUCUUGUGUGUUCCUCAUGUUUGAAGUAGUCAGAUAUGGACUUAAAUGAUAUAUCAGAUAAUCUGGUAUCGGGUUCCUGCUUGUAGAAUAGCUCCCAGCCCUGGGCUCUAGUCUAUUAAAGCUCUAUUUAAAUCUACUGCUUCUGUAUGUACGAAGCUGCAAGUACAGUGACUCAGUACUAGGACCUGUGUUUCAAAAAGAAAGGGUUGACAGAUAAAAACAAAAUGUAUUUAUACUCAUUUUUUUAUGGAAAUGUAAAAAAAGAAGUUUUGAAAUGAAACAUGCUUUUAUUGUUAAAUUAAUCAAGCUUUUAAUUUCUGACUUAUUUUUGUGUUAUCAUUUAAAUAAUUUUUUUCAUUCUUUGUGUCAUCCCUUGUUUGACUGAACAACAGUCUCCCCCUGUUUGAGUCUGGGGUAGUAAGCUAUUUUGUGAAAGAUGAAUGAUGAUGCACCUUAUUUAAAAAGAAAAACAACAAAAAGAAUCGCUCUUGUCUAAGCUUAAAUUGUAAAAUUUCUUCCUCUGAGCCUUCCUUUUGAAAGGGCAAACGUCCAAUAUAAUAUAGUGGGGCUGGUGUGAAAUACAUUUCUAUACAGCUGCUUCAAACACACACCAUAUCAAAGCCCCAAUAUGUGCUGUUCCCUCCUUAAAAUAACGCCACACCAAACUCCAUUGAAAAAUCUGUCAUUUUAAUGUUGACCUGCCUCUUGCAAACACAAGUUUAUAAUUCAUACAAAAUGGCUUAGAUAAAUAAAUUCAGAAUAACUACAGUUACAUUAUUUAUUAUUAAAUACUAACAAUACAAUACCAAGUUUCCUUAUUAGAAACACAAUAAAUUGUGUUUCAGUUGUGUGGUUAUAUAAAAUGUGUUCCAUAUCUGGAACUGUCAAAGAACUUUCUAAAAUGUAAAAAUUAUGGUGCUAAUUCACUGUUUGUUUGGAUACUGACACCCAACACUUUAAUUAUGAGGUGAUCUAGUCCUUUAAUACCUCAAACUGAAACUGGAUAUGAAAAUGUUAAAAUUCACUCACUACUCAGUUGCCAAGCACAGAGUGUAUGUUGAUUAAAAAAAAUAAACUAGUCAAAAUAAUAGGCAAGGCAAAUGUUUUUGUAUUUGAAGGAUUUUUUUCUGUGGGGUUAGGUGUGACGUUUUCGCCGUAUACAAAGAAUAUUGUAUGAUAGACAUAGUGAAAUAAGUUGCGCAUGGAAGAAAGAGUGCAUUUAGAGAUUAUUCUCUCACGGUAAGGCACUUUGAUAAGAACUGCCUUAGUGUUUGAGAGAUGCCAUGGCCCAAAUAGCAAGUAUAGGUUUUAAUCCAGCAGUAUUUUAUGUGAGCAUUGAAGCUUGUCUGUGGGAUGGAAGAAAGAACCCUCAGGUGCUCAAGAAGUGAAGAUUUUGUACUUUUCAGUGAGAAAACUGGAAAAAGAUUAAUCUGAAUAACAACAGAUUGAAACCUGAAAAGGCUCUCCCCACCCAGUGUUGUGUGUACUCCAGUGGUAGUGCUUACUCUGAAGGGGUGUCCUCUUGUGGUGUGUCAGGGUCAACAUGUCUACAUGUCCUUCUGUGUCCCCAGUGAAAACACCAUCCACUUCAUCCCAGUAUAGCUCAGAAAAAGACUGAAAGGACUGAAUGCUGUUGUAUCAAUCUCAAAUCUAGUUAUGUUUAAAAUUACUGUAUUGCCCAUUUCAGAAUUUAGUGCCUUUUUUGGACAGUAGACUGUUCUGUAAUUAAGAUGUAGUAUAUAUACAUUUUUUUGUACAGUUUCUUUGUUCAUUUUUUUAACUUGUGUUUAUUUUAGUAUGAUAUAUAUAAUGUACAAGAGAAUAAAGCUAUAUCAACGACA